AUGCACAAGCUUACGCUCUCAACAUGUGGGAGAAAAAGACUCUAUUUUUUCUCCCCCAGAUGCUUCCAGAGUCCCCUGGGAAGAAAUAAGGGAGAUAGUGGACAGUUUAUCUGGGGUCUGCUUUUCUUCCCUUUGCCUCUGUUUCCCCAGUAUAUCCAAGCUGAACCACCUACCAACAAGUCCUUGUCUAGCCUGGUUGUACAGUUGCUACAGUUUCAGGAAGAAGUUUUUGGCAAACACGUCAGCAAUGCACCGCUCACAAAACUGCCGAUCAAAUGUUUCUUAGAUUUCAAAGCAGGAGGCUCCCUGUGCCAUAUACUUGCAGCUGCCUACAAAUUCAAGAGUGACCAGGGAUGGCGGCGUUACGAUUUCCAGAAUCCAUCACGCAUGGACCGCAACGUGGAAAUGUUCAUGACCAUUGAGAAGUCCUUGGUGCAGAAUAACUGCCUGUCUCGACCUAACAUUUUUCUGUGCCCAGAAAUUGAACCUAAACUGCUAGGGAAAUUAAAGGACAUUAUCAAGAGACACCAGGGAACAGUCACUGAAGAUAAGAACAAUGCCUCCCAUGUUGUGUAUCCUGUCCCAGGGAACCUGGAAGAAGAGGAAUGGGUACGACCAGUCAUGAAGCGGGAUAAGCAGGUUCUUCUGCACUGGGGCUACUAUCCUGACAGUUACGACACAUGGAUCCCAGCCAGUGAAAUUGAAGCAUCUGUGGAAGAUGCUCCAACUCCUGAGAAACCUAGGAAGGUUCAUGCAAAGUGGAUUCUGGACACAGACACUUUCAAUGAGUGGAUGAACGAGGAAGACUAUGAGGUAAAUGAUGACAAAAGCCCCGUCUCCCGCCGAAAGAAGAUUUCAGCCAAGACGCUGACGGAUGAGGUGAACAGCCCAGAUUCAGAUCGACGGGACAAGAAAGGGGGGAACUAUAAGAAGAGGAAGCGCUCUCCCUCUCCUUCACCAACCCCGGAAGCCAAGAAGAAAAACGCUAAGAAAGGUCCCUCGACACCUUACACCAAGUCGAAGCGUGGCCACAGAGAGGAGGAGCAAGAAGACCUGACAAAGGACAUGGAUGAGCCUUCACCAGUCCCCAAUGUAGAGGAGGUGACGUUGCCUAAAACAGUCAACACUAAGAAGGAUUCAGAGUCCGCCCCAGUCAAAGGAGGCACCAUGACUGACCUGGAUGAACAGGAGGAUGAAAGCAUGGAGACCACGGGCAAGGAUGAAGAUGAAAACAGUACGGGGAACAAGGGGGAGCAGACGAAGAAUCCAGACCUACAUGAGGACAACGUGACUGAACAGACCCACCACAUCAUCAUUCCCAGCUACGCCGCCUGGUUUGACUAUAAUAGUGUUCAUGCCAUCGAGCGGAGGGCUCUCCCCGAGUUCUUUAACGGCAAGAACAAGUCCAAGACUCCAGAAAUGUAAGGAAACCUCAGCACACGACUCUCUUUCUCCCUCCUGUCCCUGAUCACCCUUCCUGACCCAGCAAUAUCCUGUUUCGCAAAUAUUUCUUGAGUUCCUUCCAAGAGCCAGGCACCGGGCUACUCUUACAAGACGUGAUCUCUGCCCACGAGCAGCCCCAGCCCAGCACCAUGGCCACAGUAGCUGCUCUCUAGGAUUGCCUGGGGGCAGGAUUAAGCAUGGUCUUCUAUACAAAACGGGUACCUGCUCUGAUGCCUCCAUUUCUUUCAACAGAGUCCAGAGCCUUCCAAUCCAUCAUUACUAAGAUAUCUAAAAUGCAGAUAUCCCCGGCAUUCAUAAUAGCUUUGACUAAAAUGUAUAUGACCAUGCUGGUCCCUGAGAGUAGAUUUUAAUAGAAAAACAAGAGGAGGGGGGCGCCUGGGUGGCUCUGUCGUUAAGUGUC